AUGAGCUUGGUGUUAUUCUCGAUAGGAAAUCCAGGGCCCUCCAACCGACACUCCACCGGCCAUUUAAUGCUAAAAAUACUACUAGACAACUACUCAUCCACCGUUAAACAACUUGUUCCCAAAUCAACAUAUUCCAUAACUAGUAAUGCCGAUAAUAGUCUAAUAUUCAUCAAAUCAAACACCUACAUGAACGAAAGCGCAAAAGCAUGGAACAAAGUCAUUGCUACUGAAAAACUACCCCCUGAUUCUAUUGUCAUUAUUUUGUACGAUGAUUUUGAAAAUGAUAUCCCACUGGUCAAGUUAUCAACGUUUAAGAAAAAUGAAAGUCAUAAUGGCAUAAAGAACUUGAUGACAGUGAUGCAGAAAGAAACAAGGUUGCAGUGUUUGAAAUUGGGAAUUGGAAUUGGUCCAAAACCAGUUCAAGCAAGUAAAGCAACAAUGAGUUCAUGGGUCCUAAGUCCAUUCACAUUGGAGCAGAAACAAAUUAUUAUGACUCAGAGUUUUGAGUUAUGUUUGUUUUAUUUACAACAAGUUGCUGAAGUUGAAGGUGAAAUUGGUGAUGUGGGAAAAUUUGACGCAAAAGUGAAGAAAAUGUGGAAAAGAGAAUAG